UAGAUAUCUGUCGGGUCGUAUAAAAUAUAUAGGUAAUACAUAGGGCUAUGCUCACCUGAAAUGUCUGUUAAAAGAAUUUGAUCAUUAUGCUUUCUUAGCCUAAGACUUGAAGUUCGGUUGUUAUUGAGUGUGAGUCGAUAUGAAAGGAUUCGUUAUAUUUUCUUUAAUUUUAAGUGGGUUAAUUUGUGUAAUUAACUGUGAAGAUUUUCGCCAUUUCCCCACCAAAGAUGCCGGCAGAGCUAAGCGAGCUGCAUUACCGCUAUUACUUGAUAUGAAAAGGUCGUCAUUUUGGAUGAAUGAUGCGCAACAAGCUCUUAAGGACAAAUUAAAAAAGUCUGCUAACGAAGGAAAAGCCAAAAAUGUGAUAUUUUUCCUUGGCGAUGGCAUGUCUAUAGAAACAAUUACAACUGGUCGAUUAUUAAAGGGACAGUUGGAGGGCAAACUUGGAGAAAGGAGUAAACUUUCUUUUGAAAACUUUCCAGUCGUUGGAUUGUCAAAGACAUACUGUAUAGAUAAACAAGUAGCCGAUUCUGCAUGUACAGCAACAGCUUAUCUGGGCGGAAUUAAAGCCAACUUCUGGACCAUUGGGGUUAAUGGAAAUGCAACUCGUGAUGAUUGUGCAAGUGGCAGAGACCCAAGGAAUCAUGUUGAAUCAAUUGCAAGUUGGGCUCAAAAGGCAAAUAAAUCUACAGGCCUUGUGACCACAACAACCGUUACUCAUGCCAGCCCGGCCGGUGUCUAUGCACAUGUAGUAAAUCGGGACUUCGAGAGUGAUAAUAUGGUGAAAAUAUCUGGUGCAGACCCGAGCAAUUGCUCUGAUAUAGCACAGCAAUUAGUUCAUGACGAUGUUGGUAAAAAGUUGAAUGUUAUUCUUGGUGGAGGAACCAAACGGUUUUUACCUAAUGGCACAUUGGACUUCUAUGGAAAUUCAGGUGAACGCUUGGACAAGCGAAAUCUUUUGAAUGAAUGGCGUCAUUCGAAAAAAGGAGUCGCAAAUACUGUUUUCAAUGUGCAACAAUUGGUGGGUCUUGACUAUAGUAAAACUGACUACCUCAUGGGACUUUUUGCUCCCGAGCAUAUGGAAUUCAAAACUGAUGCUGAUAUCGUCAAGCAACCUUCGUUGGAAGUUAUGACAGAGUCAGCAAUUAAAAUUUUACAAAAGAACGAAAACGGUUUCUUUUUGUUUGUUGAAGGCGGUCUCAUUGAUAAGGCACAUCAUCUUAACCUAGCACACAAGGCCCUUGUGGAAACAAUAGAAUUUUCAAAGGCCGUCCAGAAGGCUCUGGAUAUGACGAACUCGGAAGAAACCCUAAUUGUUGUUACUUCAGAUCAUAGUCAUACUAUGAGUAUGAGCGGAUAUGCUGAUAUUGGGACUAAUAUUUUAGGCCUAAGCACAGAUUUGAGUGAUGUGGACAACUUGCCAUACACUACUCUUAGUUAUGCUAAUGGGCCCAGCUACUAUAAGCAUUUUAAUUGGACUGGAGAACGUUUAGAUCUUACUUCUGCUAAAGUUUUGGAAAAGAAUUUCGAGUAUGUGAGCACAUUCCCCUCUAAGAUCGAAACUCAUGGUGGUGGAGAUGUCGCUAUUUUUGCUAGUGGACCUUGGGCACAUUUGUUUACUGGUGUGGUGGAACAAAAUAUUUUACCUCACAUGAUGGCAUAUGCUUCAUGCAUUGGAGAUGGCUUGACAAUGUGUCAAACCACAACUAAGGAAAAAAUAAAGAACUCUGGAGCAGUUUUUCAAACCUCUAUUAUUCUUCUAGUGUUUUGUUUGCUUUCCAUUUUCUUCAAAAAUCAAUAAGAUUUUUAAAGAUACAAUAAAAUAAGCUUAGGUUGGAUAUUUUUAGUAAGCCAUUGAAAUUUUUUAAAGAACUUGCUUUAAUUAGAAAUUUAAUU